UGUGUUUCUCUCUCUCUCUCUCUCUCUCUCUCUCUGUUUCCCGCUCUCUCUCUGUUUCUUGCUCUCUCUGCGAUCAAACCAAUCUCGCUCCGUGUCUCUCUGCGAUCCAAGGGAUGUGGAUGCCGAGAUCUAGAGGUUCCUCUCUCCGUUCCGUUAUCCUUGCUGCAGGAUCUACGGAUUCUCUGGAACAAUACUACCAAAAAAUUAAUUCUCGGGAAAACUUGGAUAGGUUCGUCCCCAAUCGGUCGGCCACGGACUUUGACAUGCUCACCCAGAGGAAGAGAAAAGGCAAAGGCAAAGAGAACCACGGUGCCAUCUCUCCCGCCAGAGAGGCCUAUCGGGACAAACUUGCUGACGCCUGCAACAUGAACAGAAGGAUAUUGGCGUUCAAGAACAAGUCCUCCACACCAGUCGGCCCAUUCCCGCAGGACUUGCUUUCAUCGCCUACCAAGCCCUUGCGACGCAUUCCUCAGAGACCGGAGAGGAUGUUAGAUGCGGUUGAAAUGGUGGAUGACUUCAACUUGAAUUUAUUAGACUGGGGUAGCACCAAUGUCCUUGCCAUUGCUCUUGGAAACACUGUAUGGCUCUGGGAUGCAUCUAAUUGUUCUAACUCAGAACUUGUGACAAUUGAUGAUGAAGACGGCCCUGUAACAAGUGUCAAUUGGGCUCCUGAUGGCCGCCAAAUCGCCAUUGGCUUAAAUAAUUCCCACGUCCAGCUGUGGGAUUCUUUUGCUAAGAGACAGAUAAGAACAUUCAAAGACGAUCACACACAAAGAGUUGGUUCGCUGGCUUGGAACAAUCACAUCCUUACAUCAGGGGGAAUGGAUGGUAAAAUCAUCAACAGGGAUGUGAGGGCGAAAUCCCCCACUGUCAAAACCUACAUGGGCCACCAACUGGAGGUCUGUGGACUAAAAUGGUCAGACUCAGGCCGGCGAUUGGCUAGUGGAGGGAGUGAUAAUCUUGUCUAUAUAUGGGAUAGGUCUUUGGCCUCUUCUAGUGCUCGAAGACAAUGGCUUCACAAGCUUGAGGAUCACACAGCUCCAGUCAGGGCCCUUGCUUGGUGUCCAUUUCAGAGUAGUUUACUAGUCUCUGGUGGAGGUUUGGGUGAUGAGUGCAUCAAAUUCUGGGACACCUCCACGGGAGCGUGCGAGAACUCAGUUGACACGGGGUCAGAGGUGUGUGCUUUGCUAUGGAACACGAAUGAGGAAGAAUUACUCAGCUCUCAUGGUUAUGAUGAGUAUCAGCUCACUCUUUGGAAAUACCCAUCGAUGAAGAAGUUGGCAAAGCUCACUGGACAUCACUCCAGCGUCCUUUACAUGGCACAGAGUCCUAAUGGUUGCACAGUGGCAUCUGCGGCUGGGGAUGAAGCUCUGGUACUUUGGAAUGUGUUUGGGACCCCAGGGGUGAGGAAACCUGCAACAAAGCCGUUUGCUCUGGCAAGUUGCAUCCGAUGAAGAUCCUUAGCAAGUGGUCAAAGUGUUUUUGACUUGCUUUGAAGAAGAGAAAAUAGUAGCACGAUGAAUAUGAAUAUACGUAGAGUAGAGUAGAUAGAUGAUAGAAAUUUAUAGUCACACUCACACGGAUGUAUAGUUUAUAGGGUCAAUUCUUUUGCAUUUUGUAUUCACUAAUUCAUUGCUUCAUUCAAAUUUUGAAGUAUUAAUUUCUUUGAAAUGUAAAU